AAGGAGAGAAAGUGAGAAACCGACCCGGACCAGUCGUAGCAGAGCGAGCGACACUGCGACACAGAGAGAGAGAGAGAGAGAGAGCGUUGCAGAAAAUUUAAGCCAAAAAAGAAGAAAGAAAAAAGAAAAAUCGUGUCUCUGCUUCUAAUAGAUUGAAAAAAGAAUGGGAAGCUCGUCGAAGGAGGACACAGCCAGCGACGGUGACACCUCCAGCAGGGAAACGCCUUCCCCCGAUUCCAGCCUCUUCUCCGAGGGCGAGCGAGUCCUCGCUUAUCAUGGCCCUCGCAUCUACGAAGCCAAGGUUCAAAAGGCUGAGUUGCGAAAGAAAGAGUGGAGAUACUAUGUUCACUAUCUUGGUUGGAAUAAAAAGGAUACAGAAAUCAUAUAAAUGGCUUGGAAAUCUUGCCAACAGUUGGGACGAAUGGGUUGGCGCGGACCGGCUAUUGAAACAUACUGAAGAGAAUUUAAUGAAGCAGCAAGCUCUCCAAAAAAAACAGGGUGUUGACAAGAGUUCAAAGUCUGGACGUUCUGCUCAUUCAAAGCAAAAAGGUUCAACUGAUGCAAAGGUGGAUAAAGAUGACCUGAAGAGCAAUGUGGCAAAAGGGAAGAAGCGAAAGAGUGACUCGGGUGUAGAGAAGGAUAAUCUAUCUUUAGAAAGGUUGAUCAAGAUACAAAUUCCUUCAGCCUUAAAGAAGCAGCUUGUUGAUGAUUGGGAAUUUGUUACUCAGCAGGAUCAGCUUGUUAAACUUCCACGUUCACCCAAUGUUGAUGAGAUUUUGACAAAGUACAUUCAAUACCGAACAAAGAAGGACGGCUUGAUGGUUGAUACAGUUGCGGAAAUCAUGAGAGGCAUUCGGCUUUACUUUGACAAAGCGUUGCCUGCGAUGCUUCUUUACAAAAAAGAACGUGAACAGUAUCAUGAUGUAGUCAUAGAUAAUGUUUCCCCAUCUACCAUAUAUGGUGCUGAACAUUUGUUACGCCUCUUUGUUAAGUUGCCAGAGCUAUUGGCAUAUGUUAACAUUGAAGAUGAAACUCUGACCCGCAUGCAGCAGAAAUUGACUGACUUUCUCAAGUGGCUGCAGAAGAAUCAAAGUACUUAUUUUCUUUCUACCUAUGAUGGAUCUAGUGUUUCUGAUGAUAAUGCCAAAGGAAAAGAUGACUGAUGGAUCUACGAAAACGCUCUGCUAUCUUCAUUGUAAUAAUUGACGUCAGUAGAUGGUGUUGCCACUGAGUUUCAUGACAACCUUAGCAUGAUAGUCUUUUGCUUCAACAAUCCUAGAAGGCAGCAUCCAAUUGUUGUAACACUACUAGCAUUUUGUUACCUUUUGGUUUCUUUCAGGUAGGUGGCUGAGUGAUGUCAAUUCAAGACUUGUUUUUGUACAAUGAAGACAGUUAAUUGUAAUUGCUCUGUUCAUGAUAUGCAUUUCUCGAUUUCAAUUCAAACCUUGAAGAAUGUUCCUUUUCUUUGCACUGCUGCUUUCAUGACAGAAUUGUGCCAGGCUCUGUCGUU